AUGUCACUCCCUGUUAAGCAUCAGACAAUUCAUACUCAAGAGAAGGCCUGCAAAUAUAAAGAAUGUGUCAAAGCCGUUAGCCAUUUCUCAACCCUUUCUGAACAUCUGAGAUGGAAUAACAGUGACAAACUCUACAAAUGUAAAGAAUGUGACAAACUUGUGUAUCAAAGCUCACUUGAUACUAAACACCAGAGAAUUCAUCCUGGAGAGCAAGACUACUGUUGUAAAGGAUGUGACAAAUCCUUAAAGAAUUCUUCAAACCCUUCUCAAUAUCAAAAGAGUGAUAGUGAAAAUAAGUCCUACAAAUGUAAAGAAUGCAACAAUACCUUUAAUAAAAUCCAAAAUCUUACUCGUCACCAGACAAUUCAUACUGGACAGAUGCACUACAAAUGUAAAGAAUGUGAGAAAGAUUUUUAUCAAAAAUCACACCUUGUUGAUCACCAGAGAAUCCAUACUGGAGAAAAACCCUACAGAUGUGAAGAAUGUGGCAGAGCUUUUUAUCGAAGGUCACACCUUAUUAGCCAUCAGAGAAUUCAUACUGGAGAGAAGCCUUACAAAUGUGAAGAAUGUGACAAAGCUUUUUAUCGAAGAUCACAUCACCAUCAGAAAAUUCAUACUGGAAAGAAGUCCUACAAAUGUGAAGAAUGGUGCAGAACGUUUAAUGAAAAAACAUCACUUACUCAACACCAGACUCUGAAUACUGGAGAGAAGCCGUAUAAAUGUUCAGAAUGUGACAGAGCUUUUUUUCAAAGAUCACACCUUGUCAGCCACCAGAGAAUUCAUACUGGAGAGAAGCCCUACAAAUGUGAAGAAUGUGACAAAGCUUUUUAUCAAAGAUCACACCUUGUUAACCACCAGAGAAUUCACACUGGAGAGAAGCCCUACAAAUGUGAAGAAUGUGGCAAAGCUUUUAUUCAAAAAUCACACUUUAUAUGCCAUCAGAGAAUUCAUACUGGAGAGAAACCCUACAAAUGUGAAAAGUGUGAUGAAGCUUUUAGUGAAACAAAAUCACUUACUCAACAUCAGAGUAUUCAUACAGGAGAGAAGUCCUACAAAUGUGAAGAAUGUGGCAAAGCUUUUAUUCAAAGAUCACAACUUAUUUGCCACCAGAGAAUCCAUACUGGAGAGAAGCCCUACAAAUGUGAAGAAUGUGGAAAAGCUUUUCAUCGAAGAUCACACCUUGUUUGUCACCAGAGAAUUCAUACUGGAAAGAAGCCCUACAAAUGUGAACAGUGUGACAAAGCUUUUUAUCAAAGAUCACACCUGUGUCACUAGGUAAUUCAUACUGGAGAGAAGCCCUACAAAUGUGAAGAAGGGUGCAGAACUUUUAAUGAGAGAACAUCACUCACUCAACACCAGACUAUGCAUCCUGGAGAUAAGCCCUACAAAUGCAAAGAAUGUGACAAAGCUUUUUUUCAAAGAUCACACCUUGUUAGCCACCAGAGGAUUCGUACUGGAGAGAAGCCCUACAAAUGUGAACAAUGUAGCAAAGCUCUUUAUCGACGAUCACACCUUAUUAGCCACCAGAUAAUUCAUACAGGAGAAAAGCCCUACAAAUGUGAACAAUGUUGCAAAGCUUUUUAUCGAAAAUCAUACCUUAUUUGCCACCAGAGAAUUCAUACUGGAGAGAAGCCUUACAAGUGUGGAGAAUGUGACAAAGCUUUUAAUGAAAGAAAACCACUUACUCAACAUCAGAGUAUUCAUACUGGAAAUAAACCAUACAAAUGUGAAGAAUGUGACAAAGCUUUCAUUCAAAGAUCACACCUUGUUAGCCACCAGAAAAUUCAUACUGGAGAGAAGCCUUAUAAAUGUGAAGAAUGUGGCAAAGCUUUUUAUCAAAGAUCAAACCUUUGUAGUCACCAGAGAAUUCAUACUGGAAAGAAACCCUACAAAUGUGAGGAAUGUGGCAAAGCUUUUUAUCAAAGAUCACACCUUGUUUACCACCAGAGAAUUCAUACUGGAGAGAAGCCAUACAAAUGUGAGGAAUGUGGCAAAGCUUUUUAUCGAAGAUCACAUGUUACUAGCCACCAAAGAGUACAUAAAGGAGGAAAGUCCUGCAAAUUGAAGAGUUGAAAAGCUUUAAAUGAAAGAAUAUCACAUACUCUACACCAGAGUAUCCAUACUAAGCAGAAGCCCUACAAAUGUGAAAAUGUAAGAAACAGUUUUAUCACAGAUCACACUUUUUUAAUCGCCGGAGAAUCUUGCUGGAGAAAAGGCCUAGACGUGGAGAAUGUGGAAAAGCCUUUUAUUGAAGAUCACACCUUAUUUGCCAUCAGAUAAUUCAUGCUGUAGACAAGCCAUAAAAAUAUGAAGAAUAUGGCAAAGCUUUUUGAUGAAGAGCACACCUUAUUUGCUACCAGAAUUCAUAUUGGAUAAAAGCCCUACAAUGUGAAGACUAUGGCAGAGCCUUUUUAUCAAAGAUCACACAUUAUUUCCACCAGAGUAUCAUAAUGGAGAGAAACCCUGCAAAUGUAAAGAAUGCAACAAAGCUUUUAUUUGAUCACCACAGUAUUUAUGCUGGAGGGAAGCCCUACAUAUGAGAACAACAUGCACAGCUUUUAAUCAAAUAUUAGAGGUUCUUGAUAUUGAAGAGAAACUCUACUAAUGAGUGUAUUGUACCAAUUCUUUUAGGAAUGGUUCAACCUGUAUUCCACACCAUAAGAAUCAUAGCAGAGAGAAAUUAUUCAAAUGUAAAAAAAUGUGACCAUCUCCCAACAAUCACAAUUUACUAAGCAACUGAGAAUACAUACUUGUGAAAGAGAGUAUAAGUGAAAAAUUAUUGCAAAUCUCAUAGCUAAUCUCAAACAUUACUAAAGACUGGAAAAAUCCAUAUUUUGUAAAUUAAAAUAAUGUUUCCAAGCCUUUAUUCAAAUUUUCAACUUUCUUAAGCAUCUAAAACCUAAUACCUGUAGUGAAGGUGGCACAGCAUUUUUGUAAAAUAUAUGCCUUAGAUAGCAUCAAAGUAUUUACAAUAAAUAAACAAGAAAUAUUUUUAAAAAGCAUAAUAAAUUUUUCAUCUUUAUCUUGUAUCUUGAUGCAUAUGAGGAUUGG